AUGACCGAUUGGACCGAAGCGAAAAGAAUCGCUCGUUAUUUAAAGGGCACAGCAGACUACGAGCUUCGUCUAGGGGAGAAAAACGAAGCCCUCGGACUAAUUGGCUAUGCAGACGCAGACUACGGCGAAGAUCGUAAAACCAGAAAGUCCCACAGCGGCUACCUGUUUCAGUUAUUUGGUUCGCCGAUCAGCUGGGCAUGUCGUAAACAAGACUGCGUUGCCGAUUCAUCAACGCAUGCAGAAUACAUCGCUCUUGCGGAAGCAACUCGCGAAGGUUUGUGGAUACGCUAUCUACUUGAAGAUUUCGAACGAAAAACACAAGAGACCACGAAUCAACCGAGUACUUUACGUGAUAAUCCUCCAGCAGAACCAAUGGAAGUUUCAGAUGAUCAAAAGGAAAACAAUAUAUCUGAACAGAGCAGUGAUAAUACAAUCACGAAAACUUGCGGGUGCUGGGAGAAGAGAAUAAAAAAACGUCGGGAAUACCCAGUUAAACAUAACAAUAAUUUGGUUAAAAAAUCAGAGAUAUGUUGCUUGUCUUAA